CCUAUUGGCUCACAACGGGUCAGCUGACUUUGUCAUUUUGUCUGUCCUGGAGUGGAGCCGUCCUAUAACAAUCUAGUUCAGACUACAAACUGGAGACAGAAAUAAAUAUUAAAGAAAUCAAACAGCCAGGUAUAGGGGGGAAGAUAUGAAUUCCUAUUUCACAAACCCGUCGUUGUCUUGCCACCUCACCAGUGGUCAAGAAGUCCUACCCAACGUGGCUCUCAAUUCCACUGCUUAUGACCCUGUAAGGCAUUUUUCAACUUAUGGAGCAGCGGUUGCUCAAAACCGGAUCUAUUCAUCUCUUUAUUCACCGCAAGAUAAUGUUGUCUUUAGCUCCAGUCGAGGACCAUAUGAUUACGGAUCUAAUGCCUUUUAUCAAGAAAAAGACAUGCUUUCUAGCUGCAGGCAAAAUUCUAUGGGACACAACACACAAACUUCCAUUGCACAGGAUUUUACCAGUGACCAAAACAGGAGCACUUCCCAGGAACAGAAAACUAGCAUUCAGAUAUACCCGUGGAUGCAGCGUAUGAACUCCCACAGUGGGGUCGGCUAUGGAGCAGACCGGAGGAGGGGGCGACAGAUCUACUCCCGUUACCAGACCCUGGAGCUGGAGAAGGAAUUCCAUUUCAACCGCUACUUGACGCGGAGGAGGCGAAUCGAGAUCGCCAACGCGCUUUGCCUCACUGAACGCCAAAUCAAGAUCUGGUUCCAGAACAGGAGGAUGAAAUGGAAAAAAGAGAGCAACUUGAGCUCCACUCUGUCCGGGGCAGGCGGCGCCGGAGCUGCUGCGGAUAGCUUGGGCGCGAAGGAAGAGAAACGAGAGGACACAGAGGAGGAGAAGCCAAAGGAAUGAACGUGGAUGGCGCCCGCGCCUUCUUCCCCUCCCCUGCCCUCCAAAAACACGAGGUCCCCUUUUCUUCCACCUCCACUCCACGUUGCUGCUUGGCUUCUGCCACCACUGUCAAAUUCUGUACAUUGAGAGGGAAAGAGAGAGAGAGGACUGUGGACGCAGGGGGGGGGGGAAAUACCCUUCCCCUCCCCCUCCCCCAUCUCUAGCACUGAUGCACCCAUUUCACAACGAGGUCCAAAAUCGUCUUUACUUUCUGCCCAGAAAGCCUACCAGCCCUUUGCCACCAGCCCCACCCACCCUUGCUCCUGGCAUCCGAGCCUAUUCAUCCACCUUUGCAUACGGACUGUAUUUAAUGCAACACCCCCCCCCACACACACACACCCUUCCAUUUCUUCUCCUGUGCUUACAAAAAAGGUAGAGCGCCCUGCAGGGCCGCUUCUGGCUUCAUUGGAAACCAACCAUGUCAAUAUGAACUCCACGCAGUUUCGCUUCCAAAACAAUAACUAUAACUGGCGUGGUGGGCACCAUUGAGUUUCCAGUCCCUGUGAAAAAUAUUUUCCUCCAUGCCCCCCUCUUCCAGCCUCUAAGCUACGUCUACCUAAAUAUAGCAUUUUUUUCCAGAGUAAACUAAUUGUAUUUAAACACUACCUGGGGUCAUGAUGCAUUCUACAAACUGUGACCGUUUCUGUGUGAAUAUUUUUAGCUGUAUUUGUGGUCUCUUGUAUUUAUAUUUAUGUUUAGCACUGUAAUGUCCAAACAGUAUCAAGUGAAUGGAAUUAUAGCAAGUAGGAAAAAGAAUUCUUGUGUUAACACUCUCUAACAUCAUGUAUAAAGGUCGCGUCCAGAGGACUAUGGUUGAGUAUUUAAUAAA